GUUACACAAGUCCAGUGUUUACGUUAGGUAAGGUCUCUGUUAUGUAGCUUAGCUAACCGAGCUAGCCCUCAGUCAGUGUGCAGCCGGAGUGUGUCGGUGCUGCUGCGGGUUCAAUGGUCUCUUCCUCCAGGCUUCGUCUGGUUUGGCGUCAUUUUGUCAAUAGCAGGAUGGGUGACAUGGCCUCCAAAGCCCAGAUGCCAACCCCAGAGAAAGCGCUACCCGGCCGGACUGACAGCAUCAAAGUCUCCGCCAAGCAUGACGUGAAUGGAAACAGGACUGUUCCACCUUUUCCAGAGGACACAGAGAUGGUCAUGUUUGGUAUGGGCUGUUUCUGGGGAGCAGAGAGGAAGUUUUGGAGACAAAAAGGAGUUUAUUCCACCCAAGUGGGCUACGCUGGAGGGUACACUCCUAACCCCACCUACAGGGAAGUUUGCACAGGCAUGACAGGACACACUGAGGUGGUGCGAGUUGUUUUCCAUCCAGAAAAGAUCAGCUUGGCGGAUCUCCUCAAGGUCUUCUGGGAAAGCCAUGACCCGACCCAAGGGAUGCGUCAGGGGAACGAUGUUGGGACGACGUACCGCUCUGCCAUCUACACCUACACACAGCAGCAGCUUGAGGAAGCUUUGGCCUCCAAAGAUCAAUACCAGAAGGUCCUGACAGAGGAAGGUUUUGGUCCGAUUACCACAGAAAUAGCUGAGGGCAAACUGUUCUACUACGCUGAGGACUACCACCAACAGUACCUGAGCAAAGACCCUGAUGGAUACUGUGGCCUGGCAGGAACAGGUGUCACCUGUCCAAUAGGGAGAAAGAAUAAGGCCUAGAUAGCCAAUGACAGCCAGGAAUGAUCCCUGAUCUGUGAUGUAGUGGAUUUUAAGGUGACGCUCACGGAUGCAAGAAGCUUUAGUUUUAAACAUAUGAUUUUGUUUUAUCUCCUAUGCACUUAAUAUUUAUACUGAGUUACACCUGUGAGCUUGUCAGUAUUUUUUCCAGUUCAGACCUCACUUAUGUCUGGAAAAAAAACUCUCAGUUGCAAUGUCUGAUCUAUGUAACCAGUGACACAACUGCACAACAUAAACUGCAGGAUGAUAGAGACUGAACAGUAAGCAUACCAGUGCCUGAUGAUGUACGCAUUAAAAUGCUGUGGUAUAAAAGUGAUGCAGCAAAUCACGUUUUAAAAAGGUUUAACUCAAAAAAAUGUACUCUUUGACACGUGGAGUACAAUUUCAGAUAAUGAAUACAUGUAGAAUGAAUCAAGUAAUGCACACAGGUGUAUAGAAUUAAAUCAUGUGAAAAAGCUCUAAAAUCCCACACAGUUUCACAAAUUUGCUCAAAAAGGCAUUAAAUUUGUUGCUAUUAGUGUGGAGGGCCCUUUGCUCUGUUUUGCAUACAUUAGGAUUCUUCCAAUUAUUCUGAUUUGUUUAAUCAGCGGCUCUCGGUUGGAGUUUUUUUUUAAAAAUGUAUUGAAGAGCUUGUUGCUAUGAAAUGAAAUUGAUGCAGUUGACUUUUUUUAGAGGCCUUUAAAGGAAUAAAGCAGCUUCUGAAAUUA